AUGACCCACCAUGUUGUAGAUGGAUUCGACUUAGGUUACCUUGACGCCCAAUAUAUGCGUUUGCAAUUGCAGAAUCAAGGUUUCCCCGUUGACGAUAACAUGAUUAAUCAAAAUCAGAUGGACAAUAGAGGUUCACUUAUUCACGGCGAUAUGCUUCCCCACAACCAAACAGCAGAUGGAGGCUUCCAAACUGACAGCAAUAUGUUCUCUCAAGAUCAUAUGGAAGAUGGAGACUUCCAGACUGACAGCAAUAUGUUCUCUCAAGAGCAAAUCGCAGAUGGAGGUUUCCACAUUGACGGCGAUAGGUUUUCUCAAAGUCAGAUGAACAACGGAGAUUAUGCGAUCGACAACGAUUUCGAGAUGACUGACGCACAAACUAUGGAUGGUACUGUCUCUGCGGAUGGCACUUUCUCUUCUCACGAAGAAAAUAGAGCAGACGCAGCUGACAACGACAUCGAAAUGUCAGACGAAAGCAUGAUGGAUGAUGUCAUCUCUGCCGAUAACACUAUUUCUCCCCAAGGAGAAAAUGGAGAGAACAAAGUCGGCGAUGAUGCCGGUGACAAUGCGAUCAUUGCUGCUCCCGCUCCUAAUGACCACAUGACCCAGUGUCGCAUUAUGUUCCUCGCUUUCAACCCUCCUCCCGCUGUCCCGAUCGACCCAAGCCAAAGAAAUAUGUUGCGUACUGCUCCUAUCGAAAUCAGACACAUGAUCUACGAAAUCUGUUUACCGGAACCAAGAACUGUCAACUUUGACCUCAUCAACUCACCGAGGUCCAGUCGCCAACAGGAGUAUAAAUGUACAAUCCCAGGUAUCUUUCGAGUAGAUAGAGACAGCCGAGCAUACUGGAACAUGAAGUAUAUUACUAUAAACAAGCCUCACUACCGAGCGAUGCACAAGUUCUACGGCACUCGCAACCCGAUGCCCUUGAUCUUCAACCCUAAGAUCGACACAGCGUCGAUUACCUUUCUCAAUAAAAUACCAGCAUGGGGAUACAACGAAACUAAAGAAUGGUUGCGACAUGUCCAGGAUUUAUUGCCCAAUGGAUUUGCCUGUGUCAGGGUUUUAGAUAUUCGCGAAGUCUCCACUAAAGGCCCAACUCUCAAUGAUUCUGAUUUGCAAGCAUGUUUCUUUCGCACGCCAGUUUGGAAUGACAACUUCUGGACAUGGUUUAGAGGGCUGGAAAAACUUUACUUCACAGCAUCCAAUGUGGGUUCCCAAGGGAAGCGAAAGUUAAGAGAACCUGACUUUGCCAGACUUAAAGAUUUUGUUCUUUCAUAUCGUGCCUCGGGUGUUGCUUUGGGUAUACAGAAUCCAAUUCCGUCCAACAAAGUGGUGGUAAGGUCUUUUGUUCCGGCUUGA